AUGGCUCGUCGUUUGGCCCUGAUCCUGGCAAACGGCGCAUACCUGCACAGGCCCAAGCUGUCCCGACCAGCAGCCGCAGCUGCUGAGCUCGCCCGCAAGCUCCAUGCUCUGGACUUCCAGGUACAAUCUGCGAUUGAUGAGACGUUGGCAGGGAUGCAGGCGGCGGUGGAGGAAUACCUGGGGCAGGUGUCGACAGCAGCGGAGCCGCCGACAGAAACCGACAGGCAGGAGCCCCUGUUGCUGGUGUGCGCCUUUUGUGGCCACGGCUCGGCCGGGCGUUUCCUACCGGUGGACUGUGCCAGCGUUCCGGCGCCGGAGGAGACCUUCUGCUUCUUCGAGGACCUGCUCUUCAAACUCUUGCACGCCUUGGAGUCGGCCAGGUCGAACGCUUUUGUUCGGAACAAGAGCUGGAAGCAGCAAAAGAAUGCGAGUCUUUUCCAUAGACUGGGCUGCCCCACAGAUGAUGACGUGGUGUCGGGGUGGAAGAGCUGUGGGAUCCGAAUCCUGAUCGUCAUAGAAAGCUGCCGCCGACUGGUCGGUGAAGAGCUGGCAGCAUAUCAGGCCGCGCGCGCACGCUGCGCGCAUGGAAAGCGGCAUCUGCUGCCGUGCAUGUUGCCUGUGAGGAGGGAGCUGGCAAGCCUUGGCGGUGCUGACUGGGAUGCCGCACGCAUGGCCUUCGUCGCCCGGCAGCUGGGAGCCGGAGCGCCGCAGCUCCUCUUCGCGCUCUCAUCCGAGUCCACCACACCCUCCUACGAUGUUGCCGCUGGGUUGCAGUCAUGUGCCCGGUCCGGCCGGCAAGUGCACCAAGAGUAG